AUCUGCCUCCGACACAUUCCGAUCAAGUACUGCAUGAAGCAGUGUAUACAGACAAAAUGGGUGAUGAUGGAAUGCUUUUGAAUUUUCAACUGCCAUCGGAUGCUUUUACUACUCCGAAAGCUGCGUUCAAGGGAGGAAGUUGGAAAGAUCGGUUGACCGCAAGAAAAUCCGCAGAAUGGGGACGGCAAAAGGCCCUCGACAGGGCUGCUGGAGUGACGACUCAGAAACCCAGAUCAAACAGCAAUCAUGAAUCUUCUGAACAUGGACCUCCACCCAAGAGAGCCAGAGUUGGUGUUCCAAACGUUUCGAGCAAGCAUAAACCAGGGGAUUUCGUCUCGUCGCUCUUUACUUCAAAUCCCACGUCAACGGCCGUCAAAAAUAUCGAAGAACCGGUUGCAGACGAAAAUGAUGUCGUGGAACCCUCGAACGCCCCACUGAAUGACGAACUCGCGAACUUCACUUCAUUGGGACUCUCUACGCCGCUGGCAAGCCAUUUGUUGCGAAAGUUGAAUAUCAAAGCUCCCACGGCGAUUCAGUCACAAGCCAUCAAGCAACUAUGCCAUGCUGACACGGACGCAUUCAUUCAAGCACAAACCGGUUCUGGAAAGACUUUAGCAUAUCUACUACCGAUUGUCGAGCGUAUCAGUACCAUCUCCAGGACGAUGAAGGAGUCCGGAGAGGAUUUCACGCGAAAUAGUGGCCUGUUUGCCAUAGUUUUGGCUCCUACUCGCGAAUUGAGCAAACAGAUUAGCACUGUUUUGGAAGGCGUUUUGUCAUCAUGUCAUUGGAUCGUCGAGGGCACAGUGAUUGGUGGUGAGAAGAAAAAGUCCGAGAAGGCGCGACUCAGGAAGGGCGUGAACAUCCUGGUGGCUACACCAGGUCGCUUGGCGGAUCAUCUGAACACUACUGAAGUCCUGGACGUCAGUCUCGUGCGAUGGCUGGUGCUUGAUGAAGGAGAUCGUCUGAUGGAACUCGGUUUCGAGCAAGACAUCCAGAAGAUUGUCAGCGUCCUCAAUCUCCGAGCCAGAAAGGUUCAAGAGAAGCAGAUUCCAGGAUUACCAGAGCGGAGGACUACAGUGUUGUGUUCCGCAACAAUCAAGUCGGGCGUGGAACAGUUGCUAAGUAUCUCUCUCAAGGAUCCGGUAUCCAUUGCAGUUGAUCCAACAGAAGUUGCAGAGGGCACUGCGGAGAGUGAAAUCGCUGCCACCACGUUUUCGGCCCCUGCGCAGCUCAAGCAAAGCUAUGCCCUGGUCCCGCCGAAGCAGCGUCUAGUCACGCUGAUAGCCCUGUUGAAGCAAACGUUCAAACGCAAGGGCAGCGUCAUGAAAACUAUUGUCUUCAUCAGUUGUGCCGACAGCGUCGAUUUUCACUUCGAGCUGCUUUCUCGCGGUAACAAAGCAAAACAAAUCGAGCCAAAGGAAAGCACCGCAGAAUCUCUGGAAGCCCGAAAUCCGGUAAACAAGAAAGACAAUCCUAAGAAGCGCUCAUUCCCUUCUUCAAAGAUUCCGCAAGGCACCACCAUUCCAGACACACUCACAUCCUCCCCCUCCACCUUACUUACGUCGUCUGCAAACCCACCAACACAGGUAUUCCGUCUUCACGGCUCUCUUCCACAGGCUACUCGAACCAGUACUCUCGCCGCCUUUGCCCAGAGCACUUCACCAUCCGUCUUACUCUGUACUGACGUUGCCUCUCGUGGUCUGGAUCUCCCUAACAUCGAUUUCGUCAUUGAGUAUGACCCGCCGUUCUCGAAAGAUGAGCAUCUCCAUCGUAUUGGUCGAACAGCACGUGCAGGCCGGGAUGGUCGCGCGUUGAUCUUUCUCAUGCCUGGUUGUGAGGAAGGCUAUGUGGACAUACUCAAAGAAGUCGGCGCCAACCUCACGCGUCAUGACGCCGACGAACUGCUACGAAAAGGAUUUUCCACGUCCUCAUCAUCAGAUACGCUCAGUGCAAGCGAAAAGCGGGCUUGGGAAGAUGCUGCCACGGAGUUACAGUUGAACCUUGAGCGCAGCGUGCUUGGGGAAGACGCCGCGUCGCGAAGUGAAAAGAAUAGCUUUGCCUCAAACCCUGCGCAAGCUCUCCUUCUCGAGCAGGCUCGGCGAGCCUACCAGAGCCACAUCCGUGCCUAUGCAACCCACGUCGCCACCGAGCGCCAUAUUUUCGAUAUGAAAUCGCUUCAUCUUGGACAUUUAGCCAAAGCGUUCGCAUUGCGGGACCGACCUGGCGUGAUCCGGGUUCCCGGUCUAAGGCCAGGCGAAGGUGGAAAUAAGAAGGAUGGUAAGAAAAGUGCGAGACGAAUGGUGGCUGGCGGCACGAGGAAGCCUUCGGCAGGUACUGGCAGUGGUGUCCGACCAGGUGGUGAUGAUGUCGAAGGCGGGGAGACCGAUGUUCGGGAAGCGAAGCGGAAGAUGUUCGCGAGAGUCAAGGCCAUGGGUGGAGCGUCCGAAUUCAAUUUGGGCUAAGCCUGUUUGUUGGACAUGACCGAAAAUCUGGACGAAGAUAGAUGUCUGCGUGUCCUUAAGAUCCGAAUUGCAUUGCAAGCCGGUGAUAAUUAUCCUCAAUCUGCCGUAUAAGACUUGUCGUCCCCUAGAA